UUGAAAAAAAAUGCACAACUUUGCACAUUAAAAUAAAUAAAAUCCAAUAAAUGUCAGCUAUUCCACCAGAGGGACAAACAAAGCUGGGCUAUUAGAAACAGAGGAGAGAUUUCAUAAGUGCCAGUCUCUACAGGAUGCAGGAGUGGAAGGUGAGAAGAAAAGGUGAGGACUGAUUGCGUUAGUUAAUACCUCAUUUAGGUCUGUUUGUUGUCUGUGGUAAAAUGUAAGAACACGUGCUUGACUUAUCAGAUAUGAAUUAGAGAUAGGACACAAUAAAGCUGUUACUGAACGUUUCUGAAAGGCUACGAUGUUUUACACUUAAUACAUUCUGCCUGUAAUCCUGCAGGAUCAUUGUGUCACUGUGAAUGCUAUAGCGUUCAUGAGGACAUUUUAAUUUAGAAAAUGUAUCUUUACAUGCCAAAGACGUACCAGAUAACCCAUCUAAUAUAUAACAGAUGAACUGCUGCGCUUUCCGUGUCUCUUUUCACACCCAGGUACCACGAUGACUGAGAAUCUAGCUUAUAAUACCACCGCAGAGGACCUGAACUUUUCCAGCACCCCAGUGUAUCAGAACAAGCCUUCGCCUCACAGGAACAUCACCUACGUGGAUUUCUAUCUCCACAAACCCGGCGUGGCUGCGGUCUUUACGGUUUCCUACCUGCUCAUCUUUGUGGUGUGCAUGGUGGGCAAUGGCGUGGUGUGUUUCAUCGUGCUGCGCAGCAGGAACAUGCGCACCGUCACCAAUCUGUUCAUUCUCAACCUUGCCAUCAGCGACCUGUUGGUUGGCAUCUUCUGCAUGCCGACCACGCUUGUGGACAACAUCAUAACAGAACUUUGUGUUUUUGCUUCUGCAGGAUGGCCCUUUGGCAGCGUUGUGUGCAAACUGAGCGGGAUGGUCCAAGGCAUAUCUGUGUCAGCAUCUGUUUUCACCCUCGUCGCAAUCGCUGUUGACAGGUUCCGCUGCAUUGUCUACCCUUUCAAGCAGAAGCUGACCAUCGCCACCUCCAAGCUAAUUAUCGUCAUCAUAUGGGUCCUGGCUGUGUUCAUUAUGUGCCCCUCAGGGGUCAUGCUCCAGGUCACGCAGGAGCAGACGGUGCGAAUUGUCCUUGGUACCGAAAGUGAGACCCGACCUUUCUACUGGUGCCGGGAGAACUGGCCGAGUCAGGAGAUGAGGAAAGUCUACACCACGGUCCUCUUUGCCAACAUCUACCUGGCCCCUCUGAGCCUGAUCGUCAUCAUGUAUGCGCGCAUUGGUUUCACCCUCUUUAAGACCACUCUCCCUCCAGCUAGGGGCAGUGGGAGCGCCUCAUUACAGGGGAGUGGCAACAACAAACAGAGCGUGGACGGGCGACAAACAAUCACUCGGAAGAAGAAGCGGGUGAUAAUGAUGCUCCUGGUGGUGGCUUUGCUUUUCAUCUUAUCCUGGCUGCCUCUGUGGACGCUCAUGAUGCUGAGCGACUACGCCAGCCUGACGGAGCGCCAGCACCGUGUCAUUAACAUCUACGUGUACCCUUUUGCUCACUGGCUGGCCUUCUUCAACAGCAGCAUGAACCCCAUCAUCUACGGCUUCUUCAACGAGAACUUCCGCAAAGGCUUUCAGGCGGCUUUUAAGUUCCAGCUGUGCUCCGCUGACGUUCUGCGCCACAGGACCUUCUCCCACCGGAUCAGAGGGAACGCCGUGCUGCCGGUCCACCCGACAGCGCCGAGCAGGCCGGCAUCCAGAGCCGGGUCGCUGUUUGUCGGGAACGGAGCGUGCCAGUGUCAGGAGGGAGAUUGUUUGACUGGUGGAAGCCACGUCAGAGAGCAGGAUCUGAUCAUGGAGGAUUUGGAGAAAGUGUCGCAGAUUUAGAAAGACCGGGCUUAAGCAUGUCCACUUCAACCAAGGUCUCUAGUAAAUAUUAUAAAACACAAGUUCACAAAAACGUCAUGCCAAUAAGUUAAACCUUUACAUGUCUGCUGUAAGUGAAUGUAUUUAGAAAAUCU